ACGAAGAAGAAGAGGCAGAAGCUCCAAAGAAACUCCGCUUUGCCAUUGACUUCAACCCGUCAAUUCAAUCAACAUGCUUCCUUUCUUUUCUUAUUCUCAUCAAACUCUUUCUUUUCAUCGCAGACAAUGAAUCCAAACCCUAGUCUUGCAGUAACCUUCUUCGUUCUUGUUCUGACUCUUGUUCAUAAUAAUAAUACUAAAGUUGUUCAUGCCUCAAGUGUCUCGUCUUUGUUUCUCAACUUUCGAAAGCUAGCCACACAUGGAUAUUCAAAGGUUUCUUCAUCAGCUGGUCAUGUGAGGAAGUUGACUCAGUCAAGUAGUGCUUCGCCGGCGCCUGCGCCUGCACCAGCGCCGGGACCAAAUGGUGGCGGUUCUGUUGAUGAGAAUAGGUGCGGUAAUGGGUGCCAAGACCAGAACUUGACUGCCUGCCUUCAGAUUUCAACAGCUGAUCCCAAAGAAGCAUUUCUGUUUGUCAAGAAUGAUGGAGAGGGUUCUCGGAAAGUGAAUGUUACAGUUCCACACUCUAAUAUUACAUUUUCAGUGAUAUUACCCCAACAUGAAGCCAAAAAGAUAAAUGUCUCAGCUGUUGUUGGUGCAAGUCUAUCAAUAGUAGUAAAUGCUGGAAACGGGGACUGCGUAAUUUACAUGCGAUCCUCAGUAUUUAAGAAGCUCUCUAUUUUUAGCACUCAAGGAACUCUAGUCUAUGGAGCUUGCCUAUUAUUUUUAACAGUUCUUAUUGUUGGAGUGACAUUGGCUUGCUGCUGCAAGUCCAGGAAAAGCAGACUGCAGAGUAAUGGAGUAGCGUAUCAGGAACUUGAAAUGGGGAAGCCAGAGACCAUUUCAGCUGAAGAUUUGGAAAAACAAGAAGAUUGGGAAGACGGUUGGGAUGAUGAGUGGGAUGAGUCUAAGGCAGUGAAGUCACCAGUUGCACAUCGACUGGGGAAUGUAUCAGCAAAUGGCUUAAAUUCCAGGUCUAAUGAUAAACAUAAGUGGGAAAAAAAUUGGACUGAUUAGUCUAGAAAUUGGAUAAAAAAAACUCUACACGUUGACUUGGAAUAG